AUGUCAACCCCAAUGAAUCCUUCCGUCAGGUCUUCAAUGAAUUAUCUAGCAGUUAUGGAUGCUAACGAUCCAGAAGUUGCUGGGUGGCUGAGCUAUCAAAAACAAAAUGAGCAAUCCGCGGUCCACCAGUCACUUCAAGGUCGUCGUGCGAAUGCAGCCUGCGAGUUUCUGCUCAAACAGCCCCAAUUCAUCAAAUGGUACGGCGAUGCUGAUUCUGCGGGCUCCCAGUGGUUGAAGAUCAUUGGAGACAUGGGUAGUGGCAAAAGUGUCCUCAUGUCGUUUCUUCACGACAAGCUACUUAGACGAAGUCAACUGCAGAUACCACAGGCCAAAGUCUACUAUUACUACAGCCAAGCAGGCAACAGCUACGUAUCUUUGUUGUCGACAUUCAUCUUGUGCCUUCUCACGGAUUUUUCUGCUAAAAGGAAGGUCCUUUCUGAUUGCUACGAGCAGGCACGGUCGCGGGGGAUUAUGAAGCCUGGGACCAACAUCAAGUUCCUGCAAGAAAACUUGACAACCAUUUUAAGCGAUCUUGAUCGUCCCAUUUUUUUCGCAAUUGAUGGCCUCGAUGAGUUUGAUUGGGAAUCCCGCAAAAAGUUGUUGGAUUUCCUACAGAUUUUGUCGAACAAGGCACCACGGCUAAAGGUUGUGAUAUCUUCCCGACCCGACGACCAGAUCUCAAAGCUCCUGGGAGAAAUGCCAACGAUCAACAUUCUCCCUGAUGCCUCACGAGACGCUAUCAUUGUUCAAAAAGCUGUACGCGAUAUUCCGUAUGAAUUACCAUCGGAGGUCCAAAAGCUUAUCAUUGGCGCUCUGUCCGAUCUUGCCAAAGGAAGCGCUAUUUGGACGUCCAUGGUGGUGCAACUGCUUAGCCAGAGGCGGAUCAAAAAGUUCAGUGUCGUGAAGAAAUUCUUGGACGAAAUCCCACUUCCUGAUAAGCUUAACACGCUGUACAAUGAUUCCAUAGCGCUCUAUACGCAAAACGAGCCCGGAAACAAGGAAAUUGCUACGAGAGCGCUGAAGAUUCUCGCCGUUGUCCACAGGCCGCUUUCCAUGUCUGAACUUGCUUGGGCUGUGGCAUUGGGAAUAAACGGGGACGAUGUACGAGAUGUUGAGUCUCUAGCAGAUAUUGCGGACCAUGACCGAGUUGUGAGCCUCAUUCAACCGUUCAUUGCCAGCAUCGAUGAGGCAGACUCGAGGAGGCGCCAAGUUCGACUGGUACACCAAUCAGUCAAGGAUUUCAUUGUGAAGUCACUGGUGACUCAUGAGGAGGGAAAUGAGCCGUCUAUUGAGCGCCGCAUGGAGAUAUUAGAGGCAGAGAUGCUGGACAUUUGCGUCAGAUAUCUUCUGCUAGACGAGGUUGAUAACAGACCUCUCUUCUCUGACGAACUGCUUGCCAUUGAAGCGCUACCACAAGAAACCGAACUCUUCAAAGAUAACGACAAGCCAAACGAGUACACAACUAAUUGCACUUGGGACAAAUGGGAGGAGGGCGCGAUCCACUACGAUCCGACAGAACGCGGAUUCGGAGAAUUCUUCGUCUACGCCUCUUGCCACUGGGUUGAUCACUUCGGGGCGAUUACAACUCCUUCUCUCAUAGACUUUGCUAGCAUCGAAAAGUUGUGUCAACCGGGUUCUACCAGAAUUCACAACUGGAUUGAGCAGAAUCGUCGACCUGGGUGCGCUCUUCAGCCAAGAAUCGAAUUCGAUCCCAGUUUGUAUGAUCCGCUGAGUAUUACCGCACUUUUCGGAUCGACGGCAACGUUUCGCCAUAUGAUCGAGAAGUCGGACUUGAAGGACGAAAAGUUCUUGCCUGAGUCAGCUCUUAGGGCUGCUGAGCAGAUCGUCGAGUGGGGUGAUGUAGCUAGGUUGGACUUGCUUCCUCUUGACGAGAAGGCAAGAGAGCUAGUCACUUCGAAGACUGCGGCUAAACAGGUAGUCUAA